AUGUAUGCUGGCGGAAUUAAGGCAAUUAGUCCAAAAGGGUUGAUUGAUUUGAUCAAAGGUGGCAAAAAAUUGAAGAUACUUGACGUUCGAGAUGUUGAUUUUGGCGAACAUGCUGUAAUUAAAAAUGCAAUUCAUCUUCCAUUAAAUGAGCAUACAGAAACGAACAUUUCUAAAAUCGUUGAUAGUAGCAUAAAAGAAAAAAUCGAUAAAAUGGUAUGUUACUGCCAUACAGGUCCUAGAUCCGUAUUUUCAGCAGACUUAAUUAAGAAAGAAAUGAAAACUUUAGACGAAAAGCCUAAUUUCGAUGUGGAAUUCUUGAAAGGCGGCAUCCUUGGUUUCAUUGAAACAGAAGGAUACAGAGAAUUUGUUGAAUAA